AGACGCUAGUCUCAUGUAAGGCGUUAUUGGCUGAGUACUGCAGGUGGCUCGGAAAACAAAAAAUUGAUUUCUCCUUACGAUUAAUACUCUUAGUUGUGUGAAAACAAUUCUGGAGGAAAUCCUUACUGGACAGGAAACAGAAAGAUGUGUGGAUACAGAUUUGAAAUGUUUCAAUCUAGAAAUACGGUGGAUCAAAAAAGCUGAAUAGUUUUAUGUAGAGCUAUACAGAGAUGAAAUACAGUAAAACACAUUUCAGCAAAGUGUAAUGAAAACGAGAGUGGAAGAACGUGAUAUGAUGCUCCAACAUUUACAAGAAACAAGGAACUACUCAUAUAACUGAAGGGAAAAAUAAGUUUUGUUUCCCAAAGGAUGGCGAUAUUUUUUCUAUGGAUCUCAGCAGCAUCAGUGAUGCUUAUGGCAAACGCAAUGCUAUGGGGCGAAGACAACGACGAAAUCUGUGGCCAUGUGGAAGUAACUGCUAAUGCGACAAGGCUCCAAGAUUUCCGACAUUGCAGAAUUAUUGAAGGGCAUCUUCGCAUCCAACUGACUGGAGAUAACAACGAAACAUGGGAAGAUCUAACUCUUCCAAAGCUAACACAGGUGACAGAUUACGUGAUGCUUUAUCGCUUGUCCCAUCUGUCUACCCUUGACACGAUUUUGCCUCGCCUGGCCGUCAUCAGGGGUAAUGCCCUCUUCCACGAGCAUGCUCUCGUUGUCUUCGGAAAUAUCCACUUACGCGAA